UAUUAUCAAAGAAUAUGGAAGAAUCAAAAAUUGGUCCAAAAAUGACCAAAAAGGGACUAGCGAAAGAGUUCAAAAUGGAGAAAGUUGAUACAGGAUACUUUACAAAAUGAGUAAAAAUCCAAAGGAUCAUCCUUCAAGACUUGCUAGACCUCAAAAUUCUAUGAAAGAAGGAGGAGGAAAAGUUCCACAAUAAAUAAGCUUAGUGAUCUUCAAUAUGAGGUUGCAAAACUGCAAUCCCAGGUUGACUCUAAGAAGAGGAAGAAUAUAGAAAGAAGAGAAUAUCUUAUUGAGUUUUGCCAAAACAAUGAAGCUAGAGUCAAACAACUGCAGUCUAAUGAAGACCAUAAGGAUGGAGAUGGUCAUCCGGCUACUUCAGAUAACUCAAGGAUUUUAGAGAAAGCACAAGAAGAUUCUGAAGCCGUAAGCACUUUGCAAGAGCAAAUAGAAAGUAGACAGCAGGAACUUCUCACAAAUAAUAAUCAAUACUACAACCUCCAGAUUUGCUACAACAAAGAAUCUGAUGACUACAUCAAGAAAGUCUUGGAAAAAGAAGAAGAUGACAGCUAUGAGGAUUAUGAACUCGUUGACACUGGUGAAUUUGAAAGUGCUGACUUUGAAGAGUUCAAAGUUAAGUACGACAAUGAUAUGAGAAGUUCUACCACUUCUAGGUUAACCAGUCUUUGGGAUCCGAAGGCAUUGCUCAAAAGCAAUUACUUUUCAGACUCACCACCUGUUAAACAGAGUGUAGAGAAGAAUAUAUCUAUGUCUCCUAAAAAGCCUACUAUAGUUAAAGCUCCUCCUCCUUUAGAAAGUGAAGAGUCCAAGGAAGUUCUUGCUUCUUCUGUAGUCUCUAGUGAGGACUCACUGGAGUCUGAUGAGGACACAGAUCAACCAAGAGAGCUCAUCGGGACUCUAUAUUUUAUGGAACCCAGAGGAAUCAAGCCCAAAGAUAUUUCCUUCCAAAAUAGGAGUGAAGUUAUCCCUAAAAGAAGGCUUUCAGGGAGAGGAAGUUCUCAGAUGAUCCCCAAUCCACUUCUGGAGCAGAGUAUCGCUGCUUCUGAAUUAGUGAAAGAGCAGAACUUCACUGAAGGAACUUGGAAAGAGCUGUUUGGCUUCUUCCAACACAAGGCUUUAAUCUUGAGAUGCUUUGCAAAUGUUCUCAAAAUAUGCUUACCUUAUCCUAUUGAUGAGGAAGGAUUGCUCAUCAAUGGGAAGAAUAGACUCACAUUGAUACCUUCUGUAUCUGUGACAUAUGAAGAAAAUUUCGAAGCAUAUAGAAUGCUUAGAGUAGAUAUGGUAUUUAUCUACAAAUCAGUGAAGCAGUUAUCCAGAGCCCAGCAAUGCCACUACUACAUUGACUUUGUAGCGAAGUUAUGUAUCUAAAGCAAGUAGCCAAAUUUCAAUA